AUGACCAUGCUUUCCUACGUCUUCAACUCUGCAACCUCGUACUUCUCCUACCUCCCUGAUAACGACGAGGAGGAUGACAACUUCGUCCCGGCGCACUCAAGGCGGAUAUCCUGGGCGCCAGCCAAUGAACCUGUCAUGGGCGCAAAACGACCACAAUCGUUGAAGGAGGAACACGCGAUCAUAAACCAGGUCAACUCUGAACACGAUCUUUACAAGAUCCUCGGCCUGCCUCGGACGGCUGAUAUUGACAAAAUCACACUACGCAGAGCAUAUUUAUCUCGAAGUAAAGCCUGUCAUCCCGACAAGUUCCCGGACAACCCUGAGGCGACACAGGCGUUUCAAAAGGUGUCCGUUGCAUACGACGUUCUCUCGAAGCCGUCCUCGAAACGGAUAUACGACGCCCGCCCGCCUUCCGCCGAUUACGACUUUUUCGCCACCCGACCGUACGGCCAUGCAGACCAGACGUUCCGGAGCGUAGUCGUCGGUGUGUUCAACGAAUUUCUCGACGGGGACCUGGAAAUGGUCCGCACCCUCCUCAAAUCCGUCAACGACCUCAACCCAGGCCUGCGCCUCGGUGAAGACAGCAUCGACGCCGUUCUCGAAUCGCUGCACUCCAUCCGCAAGCGCGCGCUCACAUGCCGCAUCCUCGUCCUUGCCCUCCACACCGAGCUCUCCAAGCUGCUCGACAUCCAAUACGCCUUCCGCAAACUCGGCUACCUCGAGAUCCGCCGGCGCUCGCGUCUCAGCCUCGAGCUUGCCCGCGUCACUCUUACGCUCCCCAUCGCGCUCGAGACGGCGCUGCAGCAGGAACGUCGGCGGGGUCAGCGCCACGACCGACUGGACGCGAACGGUGACGCGGACCAGGGCGCGGUCGACGAGGGUGCGCUGCUGCUUCCAAGGAAGUUGAAUCGCCUAAUCCGCGCGAUGGCCGUCGUGCUCGAGCGCAUGGAAAACGUGCUACCCCAGAUAGAUAGAUAG